AUGCAAUACAAAAUUUCAGUGGAUACAUUGUUACCUGUAAAAGAUGAGGAUUCAAUUUUUUUUCUUUGUACAAAAAACGCAGCAUCCAGUACCAGUACUUUGAGCCUGGAUUUUCAAAGUUUAGUUUCUUGUGCGAUAAGUGUCGGUUUCGAAAAACUGAAGGAGAUAACCUGAAACGUCAUGGGAUUGCUAAUCAUCUUCCAAGAUCUGUAACCAAUGUGGUGGGAUUUUUAAAGCAGAGGGGGCUAUCCAACACCACCCAAACACCCAGCUCCAAGAGAGCCUCCAAACGAAAGGCUGGAGAUCCCGCCGCCCCCAUGCUGAAGCAAGCUAGACUUUUGCUGGACCUUCAAUAUCAGCCACAUGCCGGUGGUGUGAGUAUUGCGAUUUGGAGGCACCGAUAA